AUGGCUUAUAAUGAUGAUAUGAACAUAGUACCACAUUUGAAUGUGAUACGCUUAACGAUGAUCGAUGAAGAAUUGAUGAACAAUCAAGACUCAACACGGAGCACAAUGAUACCAAUAGCAAUUCCUUAUGAAGCAUCAGAGAGAAUUCAAUCUCUGCCUCUGUCACUGCCUUCGGUUUCUAUGGCAUCUCAUCAAAAUCGAGAACAUAACUCGGAAACAGACGUGGAUCCAUCUCAACGACAAUUAUCUAUUCUCGAUCCAUUAUCAGAUCGUGUCAGCACAAUACUUGUUUGGAAGAACUUAACUGUUCUAACACGUGAAGAUAAAGUUACCGAAUUCUUUCAACAAAUGAAAUGUUGGAAAAAAUUUACACGUAAACGACAAUGUUUAUUAAAUAAUAUCAGUGGUGCAAUCACAGGUGGACUAUGGGCUGUGAUGGGUCCGUCUGGUUCAGGUAAAUCAACUCUCUUGAAUACAUUGGCAUGUCGUUUGGAUGUCAAUACCAUUGUAAAAGGUCAAAUAAGUCUGAAUGGUGCGCCAUAUAAUAAUGCAGAAUUGAAGCGGAUAGCUGGUUAUGUAAUACAAGACGAUCUCUUAAACGGAAAUUUAACUGUGUAUGAAACAUUGAUGUAUACGGCCGAACUUCGUUUGCCACGUCACUUUACACGUCAACAACAUGAAGAACGUGUUCAAUAA